AUUCAUUCUCAUUAAUGAACUUGAUGUAAAAGUGUCAACGCGUAGAAGUUGGAAUAAGUAAGAAAAGUAAAAUGCUAUACGUUGGUUAUUAAUCUAAAAAUCUAAAGAAAAUAUUAUUAAUUUGUUUCGGAACUUAAACAAAAAUAUGAAAAACUGUGUGAAGAAGAAGUGAAGUUGCAAGAAAUCAGUUCAAAAAGAACAAUUCAAAAAUUGUGUGUGAAAAACUCAGUAAAAUCAAUUGAAUUUCCAUUCGUUUAAGAACAACCAACCCAUUUUGUGUAAUAAGUUUGCUGCAAUGGGAGACAUCGUAAGAGAGACUAGAAAUCGUUCUAGAUCGAAAACACCAUUUCUUAGAUCACAAUGUGAUAAUGAGUCAUGUGCACAUGUUGGCGAAGAAGGGCACUCACAUCAUCAUCAUCAUGAAAAAAAGAAGAAAACUCCAAAUGUUCAAACCAUCACAGAAAUUGUUGAAGUAACCACACAAACACCACCGUCUGCAGAAAAAUCUAAAAAAUCUUCUACCAAAACCGUAACGUCCACCAUAUCGUCGUCUUCGUCGUCCUCCCAAUCUGUUUCUAAAUCAAAAGAUUCUGGCAAAACAAUAAAAACAUCUGAUUACUCAAGCGAAGAUGCAAGUCCAGAAACUCAUGCUAGGAUCGCUCGCAUUGCCGUCACCGGUACCGAGGGUGCAGCACAAUCAACAUCAUCCUUUUCCAGCUCGAGCAUUACCACCAAGACAAUUAUAACGAGCUCAGGCGGCGGUGCGGGCGCCCAGAGAUUACAAGGAAAUAAAAAUAUCAAAAAUCUGGCAUCAUCAGUUUUGACAUCAACACCAAAAGGUCUGCAACAGCAGAACUUCUCAUUCGGCAAUCACAAAGAAUUCAGCCAAAAUGAGAUAAAUUCAGACUUUGAACGGAGUCCCCAAUUUGGUGUGAGCAAUAAUAAUUCGUCAUCAAAAAACUCAUUCAAAGAACACACGACAAAUGGCAGUUUGGUAGAUCAUGCUGCCUACAAGGAAUACAAAGAUGCCGGCGAAUAUUGGAACAAAUAUCCAAAAACAGACUACACAUAUUCAAAGCGGUCUCCGCAUCGUCGAGAAAUUUGCCCUGGAGUUAUUGCUAUGCCAAACAUGUCCCGCUGCAGUCUGGAGAAUCAUCACGAUCGUGUGAAUGAAAUGAUUCAAAGAUCCCCAGCUCAAGAGGAAUUCAUUCGUCGGCGGUAUGCAUAUCAAACGACGACAAGUAAUUCUUAUAACCGCAGGGCUGCUGAAAAGCUUAUCUAUGACUCCCAGGAUGAGGUUGAUAUGGCACAGUUUGAAAGCUACCGCAAAAGUAAGCGAUAUCUCUCGUCCACAGCCAGGUCUACACUCCAGAGUGAAUCGUGGUACAGUAGGGUCCUUACAACAGUCGUCACAACUUUCUACAGCUUUUGGAGUGCUAUUUCUGGUGGUAGCUCAGAGAACGACCUAUACAAAACUAGAAUUGCACAGGAAGAAAGAGGUUUCUUUGGCGGCAUAAGCCAUGCUGUAUCGUCAGUGUUUAUCGGUUUAUUCCGGUAUGUUUACAUGGCAAUAUCAACAGUGCUCAGCAUUGACACAUGGCUUCUGAAGUCAUCGAACGCUGAAAACAAAAACAAGAAACGAUUUCUUCUAUUGCUGCUAAUUCUUCUUCCUCUUUUAUUGCUUACUGGCCUAUUUUAUUAUUUGAAUCCCAAUGAACCCUUCCCACCUCGUUCCUUUUCCGAAAUAACAUACACUCUACCAAAAGUUGAUUUGUCUGAGUUCUAUAAUGAAGAAAAAUACGAAGCAAUUAAAACAAGUGCAUUAAAUCGUCUCGAUGAUUUGCGUGAUUAUACUCAUGAAUAUUUUGCUUACUUAAAACAAGUUUCAAUGAAUAUUGUAGAUGAAGCUUGGUCUCUGCUGGAAGACGAUGAACGUCAAUAUCGCCUAGAACGAGUUUAUAAUUUCUUGCCAUUAACAUUAGCUGGCCUACGUCAAACUAUGUCCAGCUUAGAUCUCAGAAACCUCUUUACCCGUCCUAAUUUAGAAUCUAGUCAUAAUCAAUACAAUAAAAUCAUCAAUGAAGAUAUAACGGGCAAUUUGAAGAAAUCCCUAAGCCCCGAAGAGUAUGAAAACAUACUUAAUCAUGUAAAUAUUUAUGUACAAAAAUUAGUCGAUGCCAAAUUGGAACAACAACUCAAAGACAAUUUAGAAGUUUCCAAGACAAAACAACAAAAUGCUGUGUCCAAUGAAAUGCUUAUAAUUAUCGCCAAUACCGUUCGGGAAAGUAUACAAAAACUCGAACCGAUUCUGGUUAAAAAAACUCAAAGUGAUUUGUUAGGUGACAAAAUGAUGAAGAGAAUUGUUGAGAAUGUUCAAGUGGAAUUGAAGGAGAGUCAACGGGCUGCAUCGUCGCCAAGUGAACCAGCGACUCUUUCAGCGGAGCACAUAAAACAAAUCUCGAAUAUGAUUCGAGAAAAUAUCCAGAUUAACAAUCAUGAGUACAAUAUUAUCGAUAGAAUAGAUAUAGACGGUUUGCUGUUACAGAUCUUACAGUCCCCAAAUCUAGCUCAGUUCGUUGAUUCUAGGAUUUUGCUUGCCAAACAGGAGUCAAGUGAGGCAGAAAGACAAGUAAUUGCUCGCCAAGACCUGAUCAUCACUGAGUUGAAUAAGGAAAUUGAGUUCAUCAAGGCGUCUUUGUCCGACAAGCUGUCUGAAAAUCAAGAUCUCCAUUACUCCAUUAGCAACCUCAAACUGAGUCAAGACAACUUAUUAAAGAGAGUCGAUAGCCAUGAGUCGCUGGUUUCGAAUCGUUUUGGAACACUCUUGGCCGAAAUCGAUGAGAAGUUGUCUCUGUUAAGGGACGAUCAAUUCGCUUUGAUCAAUAAACAGGUUAAAUUGUCACUGAUCGAUAUCUUGGGUUACAAAGAUUCCGGAAACGUUGAAAACAUCGAUCUACAGAAUUGGAUUCGCAAUACGUUUGUGGCCAAGGAAUUCCUCGAACAGAAACUAAGUGAACUCUCAGCGCAAUCUAGUGACAAUAUGAAAAAGGAAAUCGAUCAUUCUGGGAUGAUUCUUAUGAAGCAAAUCAGUGAAAAGCUAAAAAUUGAAAUUCUAAGGUCUGUCGACUUGAAGCAAAAACAAAGUGCAGCUGCAAUAAGUGGCGAAAUCAAGAUGGCUCUUUCCGAGAAUGAAAUUAAAAAGAUUGUCAAAGGGGUUUUGGCAGUUUAUGACGCUGACAAAACAGGUCUUGUCGACUAUGCUCUGGAAUCGGCUGGCGGACAGAUCCUCUCUACUCGGUGUACAGAGAACUAUCCGAUAAAAUCAGCUCAGAUUUCAGUUUUUGGAAUCCCCCUUUGGUAUCCGGCGAAUACGCCUAGAAUAGCAAUUUCACCGAAUGUCCAGCCUGGCGAGUGUUGGGCGUUUCAGGGGUUUCCGGGGUUUCUAGUCCUAAGAUUGAAUACGUUAAUUCACGUGACGGGAUUCACUCUAGAGCAUAUUCCAAAAACCCUAACACCAAACGGAAAAAUUGAUUCGGCUCCAAGAAAUUUUACAACUUGGGGUCUUGAGCAUGAAAAUGAUCAUGAACCAGUUCUCUUAGGUGAGUAUGAGUAUGAGGACAAUGAUUUACCAUUACAGUAUUUCCCAGUGCAACAAGAUGUCAACGGUCGUUUGUUCGAUAUUGUCGAAAUGAGGAUAGAGUCAAAUCAUGGAAAUCCACAAUACACGUGCUUAUAUAGGUUUCGGGUGCAUGGGAAACCACCCACGUUAGAAGUGUAAAUGAUAGUUAAUAUUAUAUUAUGUAUGUGUUCAAAUAAGUCCCUGUGUCCAAAAUGUGUGUAACUACUUAAGUAAUUAGGUUAAGUAAAUAACUUUUCAGAGUGGUUUGCAGCUUCUUAGUUUGUGUCUCAUCAACAAAACAAAAAUAUUCAAACAAAUCUGAUUUGUCUUCUGUAAAUAUUAGGCUUAAGAUUCUUUUUUAACGCUGUUAAUUAUGCCGUGAAAAUUCAAAUUCUAUUGGAUUUCCUUAGACUAAAAAACAAUUAAAUAUGUGCCUUAACAAUUUAGCUCUGCAACUAAAUAAUAACUAUCGAAAAUGUAAAAUUUUAUAAAAGACGAAUACUUUUAUAACAAAACUGAAUUAAACAAUAGUUCCUUGAAUUUGAUAUCUGCAACUUAUUAAAUGUUUUUUAACAACAAUAACAUUUUUCAUUUUAAUCAUCCUUCAGAAAAAAACAACAAUUAUUGUUUGAUCGUUUCUUAUCCUGUGAGUGCAUGCAUGUGUAUAAAAGAAAAUUGUAUUAACUACCAUAUAAUCAGCUCUUUUAUUGCUUUCUUUAUAUUGAAAAACAACCCAGUUUCUGCGCCAACAAUAGUUUCCUAUGUCUUAAUUAUAUUUUUGUACCAUAUUGGGUUUAUGGUUAUUUGUUUAAAAAUGAUAAACUAUAAACAUAUGUUUUUAUCAAUCUCUAUAAACUUACGA